CUUCCCAGUCAGAUCACAUGAGUGAACCGUGCUCUUUCUCCCCUCCCUCCCUUUCUUUUCUCUCGCUGACUGGCUCUCUCUUUCACUCACUCUCUCGCUGCCUGCUUUCUCUAUAGUCAAAAGCAAGGAUCAGAUUCUCUGCCUCGACUAUAAACAUUCUUGGUGAGAAAAUUCAAAGAGAAGAGCAGGUGCUUUGAGAAGGAGCAGAGGAAGGUCCAAAGCCCAGUGUGGGGGGAAAAGAGUCCAUCGUUUCAAGGUGGGCAAGAAAAGAGAGUGGAAGACCACCUCUCUCACAGAGCCAAGGUGCAUCAAAGCCCAGGACUCAUCGCUGAGAGCAGAAGACAGUUGGCCAGAGACGGGAGAUUUUCUAGCCACUCAAAGCCUAUUUCCCAUUUUCCCCUUGGCUGCCCCAAUUCAGGUAUUACAUAAUGCAGAAACAGCAAGAACGGUGUCAGAUAUUUACAGCUGUCCUCUUCGCAUUUAUUUUCCUGCUUGCAGCUGUGAGCACUACUGAGGCUGGCAAAAAAGAAAAACCAGAGAAGAAGUUGAAGAAAUCUGACUGUGGGGAAUGGCAAUGGAGUGUAUGUGUCCCCACUAGUGGAGACUGUGGGCUAGGGACCCGUGAGGGCACUCGGAGUGGAGUUGAUUGUAAGCAAACAAUGAAAACACAGAGGUGUAAGAUCCCCUGCAAUUGGAAGAAGCAGUUUGGAGCGGAAUGUAAAUAUCAAUUCCAGGCAUGGGGAGAGUGUGACCUAAACACUGCCUUGAAGACUCGAACUGGAAAUCUAAAGCGAGCCCUACACAAUGCGGACUGCCAGAAGACUGUCACCAUCUCAAAGCCCUGUGGAAAGCUUACCAAACCCAAACCUCAAGAACCCAAGAAAAAGAAAAAAGAAGGCAAGAAACAGGAGAAGACACUGGAAUAAGAAAGCUAUGCCAAGUGGCAUGGGAAUGGGAUUUCCUCGAAUGUAAUCGGUUAACACAAGUUUCAUUGACACCUAGGCAUUUUAUCCAGAAGUUAUUUAUAGCUUAAUUGUACAGUAGGAGGAAAUAAACAUGCAAAUACACUCUCUUUCUUCUUUUAUUUUUUAUUCUAGUACAGCCUCUCCUAAUUUGGCACUCUUCAAUUGGGUAAGAUUACAGUUCCUACCAUUCCCAGUUUGAUGGGUGGGAAUAAUUCACUUUGGAUCCUGCUCUGGGAAAAAGGUGGCAUACAAAUGCAACAAACAAAGAAACAAAUAAUAAAGGAAUUUGUAGUACAGCACAUUUAGAAGGUGCUGGAUCGUGGAAGGCUGCCCUAGUGUUUUCAGUGUAUGCUCUUAACCUUUGUAGAAGUUUGCAGUAAAAGGCAGUAGUGUCAUUUAGAACACAAGGUAAAAAGGUAAAUGGAAAAAGCAUAGCUUCAUUCCCAAAUCCCCAUUCCUUCUUUCAAAGUCCAGUCUUUUAAGGCCUGGGUUUGUAUGCUAAGGACAGGGUUGAUGACCUACAUGGAACUCCCAAGUUGUAUUCUAUCAAGGUUCUAUGAUGUCAUUAUGACCUGUCUAGAUGCUGAACAACUUGGCCAUCCUAUGUGUAAAACAGAUUUUCCCCACCCCUUUUUAUGUUUUUUAUUAGCAAGUGUGGGUCUCUAUCUCCAGACUGUAUCUGCACUGAAAUAACUAACUUGGCUGCAAUUUACACCUUUUAAUAAAACAAUUUAAGGCUCUA